AUGGGGCUCCCCUCCAGGCAGCCUUGCCCCUGGCUGCUGCUCUUGGUGGUGCUGGGCUGGCCCCAGCCCUGCCUCAGCCUGGAGCUCAUCCCCUACACGCCGCGGAUAACUGCCUGGGACCUGGAAGGAAAGGUCACGGCCACCACGUUCUCCUUGGAGCAGCCGCGCUGUGUCCUGGAUGGGCACUCCAGCGCUGCUGACACUGUCUGGCUGGUGGUGGCCUUCAGCAACGCCUCUAGGGUCUUUCAGAACCCCCAGACACUGGCUGAGAUCCCAGCCUCCCCACGGCUGCUGACCGAUGGCCACUAUAUGACGCUGCCCCUGACCAUGGACCAGCUGCCCUGUGAGGACCCGGCGGGUGGCAGCGGGCGCGCCCCCGUGCUUAGGGUGGGCAAUGACGCCGGCUGCCUUGCUGACCUCCAUCAGCCUCGCUACUGCAAUGCCCCCCUCCCGGGCCCGGGGCCUUACAGGGUGAAGUUCCUGCUGAUGAACUCCAGGGGCUCACCCCACGCUGAGACGAGGUGGUCCGACCCCAUCGCUCUCCACCAAGGGAAGUCCCCAGGCUCCAUUGACACGUGGCCCGGGCGGCGGAGUGGAGACAUGAUCGUCAUCACCUCCAUCCUGUCUUCCCUGGGCGGCCUCCUGCUCCUGGCCUUCCUGGCAGCCUCCAGCGUGCGCUUCUCCAGCCUGUGGUGGCCGGAGGAGGCCCCAGAGCAGCUGCGGAUCGGCUCCUUCAUGGGAAAGCGCUACAUGACCCACCACGUCCCGCCCAGUGAGGCGGCCACCCUGCCGGUGGGCUGCGAGCCUGGCCUGGGACGCUUCCCCAGCCUCAGCCCCUAG